AUGAGCAACCGAAGCAGAAGGCAAGGGUCAUCUUACCUCAGAUCGGACCCACGCCGAAGAUGUGGGCGUGGCGUUUGACCUCUUCUCUUUGACCUAGGCUCCACAGGACGCCAUGCCGGUACGCAAAAACAAAAAAGACUCGCUAGAUGGACUCCUUGGUUGGGAAACUAUCAAAACUUAGAAAAAAAAAAUAAUCUUAAAAAAAUAAAUUUAAAGAAAAACAGAACCUAGUGAUACAACAGAGUGAUAUGAAAUAGUCGUUGUUUAGGUUAUGGAUCAUUUUUCCAGUUUACGGAUCGAAUUUGUACCCUUUACAGCGAUUUUUGUAAGAGACAGGUGCCUGUCAAGAAUUCCAAAUACUUUAAAAAGUUUGCUAGUGCAGUCCAGGCUUGUGCGAGGGCCGGCCCGUCACCCUCCCGGCCUCCCGACCAUUUCGUAAGCCCGGCCCGGCCUUAAAGGGGCCUCAAGAAAAAAAUGGCUAGCCCGGCACGAAGCGCGCAAUUUUUUUCUUGUCGAAUAUCAAGUUUUUUUACGACAAAAAAAUUAUGUUUUUUUGCUCAUUUUUUUCAAUUAAAGUUUAACAAAAAAACUAUGAUUUCAAAAGUAAAAAGUCAUAUUUAAGUGAAAAUUUUUCAAAUGAAAUUUUAAAUUUUUUUUUUUGAAGCCCGGUCCGGCCCGGCCCGAGCCCACGCGGGCUUUUUCCUGGAAAUAAGGUCCAAAGCCCGGGCCAGGCCGCACGGCCUGACGCACAAGCCUGGUGUAGUCGAUGUGCCACAAGUUGAAAUUUCAUGGAACGACACCCCGCUGUUUCGAUUUGUGCGGUAG